AUGGAAAUUGAAGAUCCAUCCUGCAACAGUUGCUUUUUUGGGAUUAUCAAGAAAGAAGAAAUAAGUAGUUAAUAAAAUAUUUUUGCUUGUCAGCCUAGGCUUGAAAUUGUUUAAUUAGAACCAAUAAAGAAGGGAGAUUAGGGCGAUUAAAGUGAUGAGGAUGAAAAAGAUAGCAUUAAAAAGAUAAAAUAAAAACAGCUGUUUAAGAGAAGAGUUUGCAAUAAAUUAAUGAAAUAUAACAAUAACAGCGACAACGAAAUAAAUAGAUAAAAAUAUAUUCAUGUAAUCCCUAAUUUAAAUAUUCCUCCUCCUAUUGGAGACUACUUCGUGUUCGGGGAUAUCAUUUUAGAAGGCGAUUUUAAAUAAGACCCAUUUAAUAUGGAUAAAACUUAUUCAUGGGCGUAUUUUAAGAGAAGCAAUAGUGUAACUUAUUUGAAGGACAUCAAAUGCAUAGAAGUUGAAAUGAAAAGAUAAGUCAAUACUAACUAAAAUUUUUCAUUCAUGACUCAGAGGUAUCUGAAUACUCCUGAUUAGCAGAUACACGAGCUGGGAUAGUUGCUUUCAGAAUAUGAAAAUUUUUCGAAGGAGAUGCUUUAGAAAAUGCAAUAAAACAAAAGUUAUAUUUAAGAAAAUAAUUUAGAAAAGAUUUUGAAAGAUCUUUCAAAAAAAUACUACAAGAAGAGUAUGGAGUGGAUGUAAGGAUAAGUAGAUGAGAGCAAAUUAUAUAUGUAUAUGGUUUCUGAGUAUGAUUUCGAAACACUUGAUAAUGACUACAAACUGAUUGGUUACAGUUAAAAAUUGUUAAAUUUGAUAGGAUUAAAUGAAGUAGAAGCAAACAACAUAUUUAUGAGAAAGGGGAGAUUGGAGAUUUUUGAUGGAUUGUCUAGAUUAUAUCGUUUGAUGGUUAGAUUGAUGAAUAUAUAUUAAAAUAAAUUGGGUUAAGCAUUUAUCCUAGACCAUAAUAUAAUUACCAUUGAUGGAAUCACAAUCCCUAAUAAAUGUGAAAUUAUAUUACCUCCAUUCAGCUGUAUAACAUAAGAGAGCUUUAAAGAGUACAAUUAUUUUGGAGAUUUUUUGAUGUCCAAAUACUGCACCUUUAGACUAUUUGUGUUUCACGUGAACCCUAACAUCAUAAAAUAAGUAAUGAGUGUGAGAGAAUAAUAAAAAUAGACUCCUCAUUAUUUAUACCAGGACAUGGAAUAUUCUAUGCUGAGUGAGGUGUUUAUUGAUAAAUUCUAUCCUUAAAAUAAUUAAAAUGCAAGUCAAAUGAAGUAGGAAUAGGAUGAGUAAGAGAGCAGUAAGGUUUGUAAGUAUCGUAGCCUUUAAUGA